AUGCCGUCCGCCGACUCUGCCCCGUCACUCCUUUCUCGCCUCUCCCCCGCGGUCCCCCUCCCAGGCGACUUUAGCAGCCCUUCUCCCGCCCAGCCUAUCGCCAAGUCUCCCACUCAUCGACCGACCUACCUCGCGUCGCCUCCAGCUCCGUCCUUCCUUGCCGGCACCCCGCCCAAAUCGUCCGUCUCUCCUCGAAAAGGCGCAGGCUUCUCUCGCUCGCCUCAUGCUCCGCCGCAUAUACCUGCACUCCCCGCGGACGUGCUGAGCAAGGCGCAGCCUAUCCCGGCGAACCGAAGCACCCGCAGCUCUCGAUGGGCCGCGUCGCCGCCUUCGUCUCCGCCGUUAGCGCGUUCGCCUCUUUCGUUCGGGAACAGGGCGCAAGCAUCUGGCAUCUCACCAAACGGUAACAACUUGUCAUCUUCGACUGGCAAGACGCCCACAGCCUCGUCACCCGCACUCGACCAGAUCGAAGCGAUGCUCUCGCAACUCCGCACGACGAAUCCGUCCUCAUCGCCGGCCAAGUCGCCGACUAUACAGUCUAACUUCUCUCAAUCGCCGGCACCAACCAUCAUCAGCCAUCUUACGCCGUCGCAGCCGGAGACGCAGCACGAAUCGCCAGCCGCUGCUCCCGCCAAUCCUUAUCCGCCUCCGCCUGCUUCCGUUCAGUCAGCUCAGCCUGAAGCGCCGAAAAAGAAGGUCCUGGGUGGCAGGUCAAAGUGGGCGCGCGCCGGGGACGACGAGCCGGACGAAUUUGCAUCGCUCGCGGAGAAAGAGCUGCAUUCAGGUUCGAAGAGCAAGCAAGAGCAGGAGCAGAAGCCUGUGGUGCCGUCUGUGCAGGGACCAAUUGCGUCAGUAGCGGACAAGCCAACGGCGCUCGCUCGAUCGCCCUCCGUCGAUACGACCGCUCCUCCUCCCGUCGCUGAGAGCGACUCUCAAGCGGAUCCACCGGACCAGGCAGACCCGUCCUUCUCCGCCUCACCUCAACGUCGUCCAUCCAUCUCCUCCACGAGCAGCUCGUCGGCGUCGCAGAGCCACCACAUCGACUGGGCGGACGACGACGACGACGAGUUGCCCGGUCUCGACGACUGGGGCAUCGAGACGACGCCGGCGACGUACGACGUCUCGACGCCCUCUGCCCCAGCUAUACCGUCAACGUCGCUGCCUCCGUCGAUGCCGCCUCUGGGCGCUCGACGCCGCUCGACCGGCCGCUCGCAGAAGAGCCCGCCUCAGCCUUCGCCUGCCCCUCUUCCGCCCGUCAAUCGCUUCACUGCCCCUCCUUCGCCGACGAAAGGUACUCCUCGCACCCCUCGCGGUCCGCCAGCGAAGCCGCCUGCUCGCCUUUUCGCCUCGGCUCGAGCGGCAGCGCUCGCGACGCCUCCUCACCUCGCUGCAUCAGCCUCGACGCCCACUACCCCCAUGGCGUUGGCUCCACACGCAGCACAGACCGAGGAAGGGUCCUGGCGCGACCGCAAGCCUCGCACGCCCGGCGGACCAGGCUCCGCGCUCUUCUCGCGCGCAUUCAGCGGGAUCAGUCCAGCUGCCGGCUCGCCUCCGACGCCGGUGGCUGCGCCUGUCAGUCCUGCGACGGAGGCGGCGAGUAAGGGUCGUCGGUCGAGGGGAGGGAAGGCGAGGAACAAGGGAGGAGCGGGAGGAGCUGCAGGAGGGGGAAAGGCGGGCGGGGCGGGUGCAGGUGCUGGUGCACAGGCUAGCAAGUGGGCUUAA